AUGUACACCUAUUUUAGUUAUUACUAUAACCAAGUGGAGAAUAUCAACUGGUACAUUCUGAUAGUGGCCAUAAUUUGGGCCAUUAUUUUGAUCUACAAUCUUCGAAUGGGUAUUCAGCUACUUGAAUGUCUGCUGGGCUGCGAGCAGAUAUGUCAAGAAAACGCUGCGCCCGUUCCGACAAGCUUUGAUUAUAGUGUCAGGCGUGGACCACACACCUGGCAGACGGCCGCGAACAAUCAGAGUCCCAUUAACAUUGAUGGGGAAUGCGCGGAGCAGUUCUGCUUGAACAAUCCACUGAUGUGGAUAGGUUAUGAGGAGCUCCCUGUUGGCAUUCGCCUGGAGAACAAUGGACACACACUGCUGCUGCACGCCGCUUUCCAGGGUGAGACGCCCUACAUCGAUGGUGCCGACUUGCUGGGCAGCUUCAGUUUCCACGAGAUCUGCUUUCGCUGGAGCUGGUACAGUGGUACAGGAUCCGAGCACACGCUGGAUAACGAGCACUUUCCGAUGGAGGUGCAGUGCAUGCACAAGGAUGCAGUCAACAGGGAGCAGACCUCCAGCUGUAGCCUGCUCAUGGUCUCGUACAUGUACGCCGUGUCCACAGAGAACCCUUUUCUAGAUGUUCUCAUCCAGCAUUUGGUAGCUGUGCAGGAGGCAGGCAAAUGCGUUGAAAUUCCCCCAUUUCCCCUCAACUAUCUGAUGCCAGCUUUCCAUACGGCGUUCUACAGCUACCAUGGCUCGCUGACAGAGCCACCAUGCCACCGUGGCGCCGAGUGGUUCAUCUACCCGCUGCCCCUGGCCAUCAGCGAGCGUCAAUUGCACGAAUUCCGCAAGCUGCGCAGUCACAACGGUGCUCGAAUUGGGCGCAAUUCGCGACCCGUCCAGCCGCUGGAUGAUCGAACUGUCCUAUUCAAUUACUAGUGAAAAGGUCUACUUAAAAACUUGAAGCCAAACAUCUAUAUUUAUUUAU